CUCCGUCCACCAAUUCCCCCUCACUCCCCUCUCCCCCAUUUCUCACUCUUUUUUUUCUUUCUUUCAAAAUGGCCGACACCGAGGAUACGGGCGCAUCGUCUGUCUCGGAGCCGUUAGAUCUGGUGCGCCUUUCGUUGGACGAAAUCGUCUUUGUCAAGCUGCGUGGGGAUCGCGAGUUGAAGGGUCGACUGCAUGCAUACGAUAGCCACUGCAACCUAGUUCUCGGCGAAGUCGAGGAGACGAUCUACGUGGUGGAGGAGGAUGAGAAUGACGAGGAGACAAUCCGAACAAUCAAGAAACAGGAAGAGAUGCUUUUCGUUCGAGGAGACUCGGUCGUCUUAAUCUCCCCCCAAGCAUGAUUUCGAGCGAAACAAGGCGUUACUGUUGCGAAGGAGCCAGGAGAUUUUAUGAGGAUAACUGCAGGAUGUGCAGUACCGUUGGAUCAUGAAUGCGACCACGACAUAAAUCGGAGAGGGUUUCGGAUAAUCAAACGCUUGCGCCAUUCUGUGUAUUCCUAUUUCCUUCUUGAUUCCCACAGAGUUCUAUCCCCAAUGAAUGGUUUCUGGGGAUGUAUUGAGCGGAUGGUAUGGCACCGGGGGUACACAUGGGUACACAUGGACGAUUAGACCACACCGGGAAAGGGGGAAUAUUUCACGAAAAAAAAAUAUAUAAUUGCAUACUAGGAGUCA